AUGGUUUUGGGCAGCUCUUUUACUCCACGCUUCGUCUCAAGGGCUUUCUGUAAGCUCCUGACAGAUGCUUUAUUGUCCGAUCAGGUCGACCGGUGGGCUCGUGUUUAUGUAUAUAUUGCUCCGGUAAGGUACCCAGGGGCCGCGGACCAAGGUUCAACAGAUCUGAUUUUAUGGACCUGCAUCAAAUCAGGACCUGAUUACAAGAUUCAUACGCUUGUUCUCAGACAUGCCCCUCUGCCAGGCACCGAUGACAAUGAAUACAAAGAGCUGGUUCUCGUCGGUUAUUUGCUCUUUUUAUUUCAUUUCUCUAUCCCCUGCCCCUUGUUCCUGAUCGUCGCCAGUACCGCCACCAUCGCCAUCACCAUCACCUCUAGUACCACUACGGCCACGCAACAGCAUCGCCCAUCGCUAAUCAAAGGUCCUUGCUGUCCCGUUCUCGUUCUCCGCCAUUUCUCCGCAACUAUUCCCAUCAAGGCAUAA